ACCAGACUGGCAGACAACAUCAAAUAACUAGCCUUGUGACCUAAUAAAAAACAAGGGACGGCUGUCAAAUUGAAUCGAAACAGCAUAGAAAACCCUGAUACUAGAAGUGAGCAUAGCAUUUCCACGCUCUAAACGCAUCGGUUUAUUCCUUCCCGAAACAUAAUUUUAAUUUCGACUCGAUCGUUCCUGUUCAGUGAGUCAGCACUUGCCGCUCCCGCUUUUCAAAUCAAGCUCCUUUUAGGGUUUUGGUGGAGAUGGAGCCUGUAGCUUCAGUAGUAGACAAAAUCAAAGGCGUCGCAAAAUCAGGCCAAGACUUCGUCGACGGCCUCCUUCGCCGCCGCGAGAAUUCUUCUCGCCGAAAUCCGAUUGAGAUACUGAAACGGCUGCAACGGGAAGCGUUUUCAGAUCUAAUGAAGCUAAGAGACAGGCAGGAGAAGGUUGAGAGAGUGCUUUCCUUUUAUAAAACAUUUAAAGGGAGUCCUUUUCAAGAAAAAAGUACACUUGUGAGGGGAGAGGUGGAUGCUUCGGGAGCGAUAUUGAUGGUGGGUGAUAUUGAUCAGGAGCAUUGUGAUGCUGUUGGUAGAGCAGGAAUAAAAACUGGGAUUAGUUCAAGGUUAAGUUUUGAAACAAUUGUUCGGCAGAAGGAUUCUCUUUUGGCAGAGUUUGUGGCUAGUCAAAAAGGCGUGGUAGAGAUCGGUGGUUUCUCGGAAGGUGCACUUACUCUAGCAAAAGUGUCGUAUACGGCAAAUGUUAAUGACUGGUUUUCUGCUAUUGUAAUCCCAGUAGGAGCUCAAUUUAGAGAUCUUGAUAUGACUGCAAACUCUUCCAAUCAGAGACAUGUUGUUACUGAUCUUUCAUCUGUUGGACCACCACUUUUGAAUCAGCACAGUGAUGCGGCAAUUGGCUUAACAGUGAGGAAAUCAAAUGUUAUCGCUAUGAUGGCUCAGUCUGUUUCUGGACUGCGAAGGCAGCCAUUUUUUGAUGGAAUUGGUCAUGACUUCGGCACUUUUGGCCAAAUUGUUUGUCAACUUCCAAAAGGAAUAAAAUUCUCACUUAUGGGUCUGCAGCAAGUCGCUAAAUCAUCUAGUCACCACAGUAAUCUCGGAGCCCUCGCCUUUCCUGUUGGCUUUCUGAAACGUAAUGAAUCUCCUGAAAUAUCGUUCCAAGACUCUGCACUACCUGUGGGAGCAAGCAGCCAAGAGAUCACAUCAAGAACUGGAUAUAUAGCUCUAAAGUUGGAGUCGGAACUUGAUGAGAGUACUAGAAUUGGGGGGUGGAUUGAGAUGAAAAACUCAAAUCCCAAGCAUUUACAAUGGGCUUUAAAUGCAUUUGAUGACGCUGAAGAUGAAUUUGGAUGGGGUCUGUGCCUCAGCGGGGUUUUUGUAGAUCCUACCAACCAUGGUCGUUUGCAAGCCGAAUCAUAUGUAAAAUUAAAUAUAGGGAAGAAAUUCUGCUUGAAACCAGGCAUUACAUAUUCAAGGGAUGGUAAUGCCAAAAUAUUAGCGCUUAUGCUUAGAUCCAACUGGUCCUUCUGAUGACCAGGGGCUCUCUUUUUCACAGCAACAUGAAAGGCUCCCUUUUUCGGGGAUGUGGUAUCUUCUCGUCAAUUAUAUAGUUCUUGGCAUGUCAUCAUUUUUUUCUACUUGUUUGCAAGUGUGAGCUGCCAAGAUUUUGAUGCUAAAGCAGGGCAAAGAAAUAUUUGCUCACAUUCCUAUCAACCAUGCUGUGCUCUGAUAAUGUUUACAAAUCAUUUUAACACUGAAUUGUUAGCUGGGCUUAAGUA